AUGCCGCCGUCCCCGUCACCGCCGCGGCCGCCGGGGCAGCCACCGGAGUUCAAGCACUUCUGCCGGGUGUGCAACAAGGGGUUCACGUGCGGCAGCGCGCUCGGCGGGCACAUGAGAGCCCACGGCGCCAGCGACGUCGACGGGUUCGGUGCCGACGACGACUCGCUCGGCGACGAUGCGUCCGCGCCGCGGUGCCGCGGCGGCUCGGAUGACCAGUGGGACGCGGUGGGGACGACAUCGGCAGCGGCGGCGACGCACGCCUACGCGCUCCGGGCGAAUCCGAACCGGCUGAUCAGGAGUUGCCAGGUGUGCAAGAACUGCGGGAAGGAAUUCACGUCGUGGGAGCUUUUCCUCCAGCACGGCAAGUGUAGCUCGGAGGACGAGGGGGACGAGGUGCAGCUCGAUGGAUCCCGCGGCUCGCAGCGCUUGUUGUCGCCCCCGUCCGACGGCGACGGCGACGAGGAUCCCGCAGUGGCGGCAGCCGCGUGGUCGAAAGGGAAGCGUUCGCGCCGCGUCAAGCUGAUGACGAUCGGGGGAGGAGAGGACCAUUCCGCCAUGGCGUCAUCUCAACAGGACACGUCAGGAGAGGAGGAGGACCUCGCCAAUUGCCUUGUCAUGCUCUCCUCAUCCAACGCUGGCCAGACAGCAGUUACCCGCACCGACAAGCAGGAGCGAUGUGCAUCGACUGCGGCUAAGGAAGGUGACGGAGGACCGGCAUUGCAACUGCAGCCAAUCUCCUUUUUCAUCCCACCACCGGAGCCGCCAAUUGUGGCGUUGCCCUCAGCGGCGGCGCCGCCGCCACAGUGCAUCACGCCCUCAUCGCGCAACCUGUUCGAGUGCAAAGCCUGCAAAAAGGUGUUCACCUCGCACCAAGCUCUCGGCGGGCACCGAGCCAGCCACAAGAAAGUAAAAGGCUGUUUUGCGGCCAAGUUCGAAAGCAAUGCUAGCGAGCCAGCACGCCACUCAUCAGCCGUAGGUGGUGAUUCCAACAAUAUCACCAGCGUAAACACGGAGGCUAAGACAAGUAUUUACGCUACUGCUACCAGUGAUCUCGACACCAAGACAGCAGGGACAAGUGAGGUAGCGGCAUCACUGUCGAUGUCGCUCGCGCCCAUUGGGCACAGCUCACCGGUCACCGCGCUCACCGUCGCAGCAGCACCAUGUAAGAAGAACUCCAAGAUGCACGAGUGCUCGGUGUGCCACCGCCUGUUCACCUCCGGGCAGGCGCUCGGAGGUCACAAGCGAUGCCACUGGCUCACCUCGAGCACUGCGGACCCCUGCAACCCGGUGGCCAACAUGAUCCCACCUCUAACGGAAGACAUCGUCGGGGUAGUCAGGCACCAGCUCACCCUCCGGCAAAUGGCGGUGGACACGGCGCCGGAGCCGGUGCUCGACCUCACCAUCGCAGCGAGCCCAGCAGCACUAGCCGCUUCGGUGGCGCGACCCGAGGCCUGUGGUAGCAGCUCGUUCCAUCUCCAAGCUCUAGCGCCAGUACAUCUACAGCCGCUGGCCGUCGCGGUACCUAGUACCGGCAGCCACCGGAAAAAGACUACGGCGACGAGCAGCCACCACGCCGGCGACAAGGCGGCGGAGGACGACGAGGCGGACAGCACCGCAGCCAAGAGAGCUAAGCUUAGCGAUCUCAAGGACGUGGUGAGCAUGGACGGGGAGCCCACGGGGCCGUGGCUCCAGGUUGGCAUUGGCUCCUCGUCGGCUGGAGGUGAUGACAAGAGCCGGGAGUGGGGGGCAUCAUCACGGCUUGGCUGA